AUGAACCUGCAAGGGCUGACCCGCGGGGUGUCCUUCUAUCUGGAGAGCCGCGUCCGGGAGGGGCUGCUGGCUUCCGGCGUCGGGUGGUCCCUGGUGCUGUGCUUCGGGGCCGCUUACGCCUGCUAUUACCUCAGCAGCAUCGCCAAGGUAGGGGGGCUUCUCGCGUCCCUGGGGAAGCGGGCCCGACCCCGGCCAAUGGAGGAGGGAGCCGCAGGAAGCGGAAAAGGCCAGCCGAGGUCAGCGCCAGGCUAAGCUCAUCUUUGAAAUAAGCAGGGCUAUUGUCCUUGGCUCGCCUCGGGUGCAGAGGCGGCGGAGGGAGGCGGCGGAGGGAGCCUUUGCAGCGCGCGGCGAUGGCUGCUGGGCUAGUUUGAGGGGCGGCGGGGGGGUCCUCUUUUCGUUUUCAUUGUGAAGGAGUGAAAUGCAGGUCAUUUUGACUUUGAGUUCCCUGCUGGCUGGGCAACCUGGUGCUUUGGAAUUGCGCAGCGCAUAUUGCAGGUGAAAAGCAAGGUGGAAGGGAACAAAAUGUGAAAUCUCAAACCUAGGGUAAAACAUGUAGAAUUAUAUGCACUAUUUUAUACAAACAAUCACACUUUACAUGAGGAGUUGACGUCUCCUUCAGGAUGUGUAUAGUUUUACUUUUGCCUCCUAAGAAGAACCCAGCUGGAGCAGACAGACCAGAGCUCUAGCUAGUUAGGGACCUUGUUUUGCCAACCCAGUGCCUCAGGGAACCUCCAUUCUCAGGGCAGGAAGGCAGUAGCUCCUCUCCUCUUCUUGUUCCUCGGCAAGGAAUACUCAGAGGUAUUCUGUCUUUGAACCUGUGGGUUGUAUCUGUAUGCUUCAUGACUAGUAGACAUUGAUAGACCUAUCCUUUCACAACACCUCAAAUAGUUUGUGUAAAAGUACAUUUCAUGGUGACAAAUUCAUGAGUCGUACAGGCGUUUUUCAGGAUUCACAAUUCAGCUGAGUGCAGCAAAAGGCUGUCAGCGUAGAAAACUACACUGGCAGAAAAUGGCAAGUGGGCUAUUUGAACCCAUACGGGCAGUGUGUUUCCAGGCUGAAGCCCCAGAAAAGAUCCUCUCUCUCUCAUUGCCACAUUCUAGAUCAGAGCCCCAAACUGUGGCUUGAGCUUUACCCAAGUGGCCCACAACAUGUCUGUAAUAAUACAAUUGGUGGGAUGGGUUUCUAUAUAAUUAGGAAGUGAUGAAGGGACGUGUAAAGUGAGGCUGUAGUAAAUUAGGAAGAACGUUCUGUGAAAAUAAGUUGUUAGGAAGAACCUGAAGGAGGGGAAUAGCUUGAGCAAAGAAUGGAUCUUGCUCCACCAAAGCCAUGAAUAAAUGUAAGACUGCAGUAUGAUGUUCACUUACCCAGGAGCAAGUCACAUUGAACACAGUGCCAACACACUUGCCUUUUUCUCGCUUUAGAAACCUCAGCUGGUGACUGGCAGCAAAGGCUUAUCCUGUUUCCUACAGGACCAUUGCCCUGUGGUGACAGAAACAUACUAUCCCACUGUGUGGUGCUGGGAGGGCCGUAUUCAGACUCUCCUUCGCCCUUUCAUCACAUCUCGACCAUCUGUGCAAUACCGGAAGUAAGUGCCUCUGUCCUUCGAAACCUUUCUUCUGUGAAUUAUUUAUGAAGGUUCAAUCAUAUUCUUUAUAGAUUGGUUCUGUACUGUUACCUCUAACAUAAGAUCUUAGUGUGGUGUACUGUGCUACGUUAGGCCCCUUCAGGAGUUGCCUUCCACAUGUGUUGGGUGGAAGGUCAGCUUGAAGGGGGAAACCUAUGCACAUUUAGCUGAAUGUGCACAGUCAGGAUUCACAAUCGCACAGGUUCCACAUUGCAUAGACGAGCCUGUAUGCAUUCAGCCAAAAUGCCCAUGGGGGUGCAUGGAAGUCUGAGGGCAGAGCUGGUACAAGUGGAGUCAUUGGGAUGGGGACGGCGCAUAUUGCCCUGCCCCACCCCUCUUCACACCAUUAUGGAACAUGUGGAAGGUAACUUCUGAAGGAGCAAGUGUAUUCAUACAUAUAUGAGAACUGGCCACACUUCUGAGCAUCACAUGUUAUUGUAGCUAGUGUCUUUGAGGCACUUCCAGUAUCCUGAAGAGCUAGGCUGUAUGCACAUGACAAACCUCUGGGCUCGGAAAAGGCACCAGACUGGUGGAAGGCCGUCUAUUUUCUAAGGAUCCUUGAGAAUUUGCUGUAUUUCCAGUUAAGUGGGAAGUUUUACUUUCUAUUUAAGGGGUCUCUGAUAUUUAUUUAGCAUGGGAAUAAAUGGCUCUUCCAUUGUUAACGGGGAUGUGGGUGCAAAAGAGCUAUGUAUCAAGAGCCCACUUGGCAACAGAAGUUUUUCCCACACACUUAGGUCAUACAGUAUUCUGUUGGAGAAAGCAGACCUAAAACUGGCUACUAAGUUUCCUUUUCAGAGCUUUUGCACUUAAGCAAAGUGGUCAGAUGUUUGCUCCUCAGUAGUGGUACACAGCAGCUGCUAGACAGAAGCAGCACAGAUGUUUUUAUUUUGGUAUCUUAGUCAUGUGUUUGCUCACACUGUUCUGCUUAUGCAGCAGUAAGUUUUUAGAACUGACUUAAUAGUUUCACCUUGGUUGCCCUUUUUCGCUACUGUACAUUAAAUUAAUGCAUAUAGAAAGAUGUUCAAUCAUUUUUUAAAGAAUUGCAGACAGAGAAGCAAAGCAGAUUUUUUUUUACCUCCCUCUCCAUCCCUAUAUGUGCUUACUCACCUUAGUCUAACCAAGGAGUCCACUUGAUGGACCUUGACCUGCAUGCGUGAACUGGAUGCACAUCCACAUGCAUGCCUGAAUGCAGAUGCUCUCUGUCUGCACUUCAUAGUUUUCAGCUGAAUGUGCAUUUGGAUUCAUGUUCUGGAGAGGGAAGCAUGUUUGAAAGUGCAUCUGAACGCAUCUUCCACAAAAAGCAGUGUUAUCCAGUUAGAGCACAUCUGAUUUAGACCUACUGUUCUUGAUCUAGCCAACGAUCUAUGCAUGGAAACCUGUUUCCUUGUGUGGAUUUGAUCAGGUUGGCUGACUCCAUGAGACCAGUUCUAAUGACAGCACAUGCAGUUUCAGGAAACCAGGAAGCACCUGCUGCUCUAACAGCUGCCACUGAUCCUCCUCACAACUUGAGAAGAAGAGCUUCAGCAGGUUUCCUGUGGAGACUGGGCUGUGAGAUUGUGCACCUUAAGGCAUGGGUUGAGGCUAACUCCUGACUUGAGCCAUUAUUGACAUUGCAAGGGGCAUUCCAUCCCACAGUUUAAAGGAUCUGGGAAAGAGAAUUGGGCUCUCAGCUGCAUAUUAUCCCGGACCAGUUCAUUCCCCAUUUUAAGACCCAAGCUGAAGGAAACAAGUAGCCAGCUGUGCCUUGUCUUCCAGCCAGCUGGUUGAGGCCUCAUGCCUGCCUGCUAUUUUCUGCUGCCAAUGUUUGGAGACAGCAUGAAAGCAGUGUGAAUUACAGCCCUGUCCUCCCCCCCCCCCCAUUUUUUAAAGCAACAACACAACUUUCUUGCAUACCUUGAGGAGUUGUCCUAAGGUGGGGCCUCUUUUUUCUCCCAUUCUCCUACUCACUGUGUCCACCCAUGAAACAUCUGAUUAAUGAAUGGGAGUGAAGGCGGUAGAGUGAUUUUUUUUCUUUAUUGUUGUUUUUGCAAAGCUAAUCAUUGUUGGUUUUUCCAGUGAGCUUAUUACAGCAACCGAUGGAGGGCAGAUUUCACUGGACUGGUUUGACAAUCAUGAUAGCAUUCAUUACCCAGAUUCCAGCACCAGACCCACUAUCCUCUUGCUGCCUGGCCUCACGGGAACUAGCAAGGAAUCCUACAUUCUCCAUAUGAUUCAGGAGAGCAAAACACUGGGCUACAGGUAAAAGCAGUUUGGCUUGCUAAUGUUUCUGUUUUAACCACUCGGAUUAAAUCUGCACAAGCGGGAAGCCACAAUCAUAUGUAGCGGGUAGAAGAGUAGCACAGACAGCGCUUGGAAACACUUUUUAUCCCUUUGUUGGCCCUGACUUUCCAUCCACCAGAUCUGCCACAGGCUCCUUUGGUAGCUGUCUCCGUGACCUACUUCCAGUCUCCACUACCACUACAGCAGACCAUCUCAAAGAUGGUUCCUGACGUGUUGGGAAACUUCAAUCAGGGAUCCAUGCAGACUUAGCUUGACUAGGGUAAAGAACUGGUGACUACCUUAGCAUAGUGGCAAAGAAUAUGAGCUGUGAAGUCCCUGGCUGAAAUCUGACCAUCCAUGAACUCUGUUAGUGGACCUAGGCAAGUUACUGUUACUUAGCUUCAGUCUGCCAACCCAUCGGCACUAAGAGCAUCAUAGUAAUAAUAAUGAACUGCUUGGCAAGGUUUACUGAGGUUAUGUAUGUGAAACUCUUAAGGAAAGGUUAACCAAUACCUCUGCUUGUGUAGUUCAGACACCCCAGAAACUAAAUGCAGGAAUGUGGAAGACAGGGCAGGAGUGUGUGUGUGUGUGUGUGUGUGCGCGCGCAUGUAUGUGCAGAGGGUGGUGUAUUCAUGUUGCCCUCAAUGGUCCAAGCUAUCACCACACAGGCAUAAGCUUUUGUGGAGGGAAGGAAUUGGUCUCAGAGGAUGUAAGCUCUGUGAUGCAUGUCCACCAAGCCAAAUCCAUCACAGUGAGAGAAAGGAAAGGGGAGAGGGAGAGAGAAAGGUUUCUUUCAGCAGUGAGGAGAACUUGCCCUUCUCCACCUGGGGAUGGGAAUUGUUUCAAAGGAUUGUUUCAGUAGAGGCAGAGACUAUUACAUCCCAAUUCCAUACCAACAUUCCUUUCAACAGUGAGGAAGCAUUGCUGUUUUACUCGCCCUCCCGCCACGUUAACACGCUCCCUGUUUAUAUGUCAUACGUUUGUGCAAAACAAGUGUGUAUGUUGAUGUCCCUGUUUUGAAUAAUUGGCAACUCUAUAUUUUUAAACUGGAGCAGCUUUGAAAUGUACGGAUCUUCACAUCCAAAGACACACAGGUUAACAGUUCUGGUAAACGGUGCUCUUCUGUUUUUUUAAAGGUGUGUGGUUUUAAACUAUCGAGGAAUUGCUGGUGAAAAUCUCUUGGUAAGAAUUGCUCUUAAAUUAAGUAAGAACACUGAGCAACCAUAAUGUUAGCAUAUAGCAUGGGUGCGAAUACCUGCAAGCAUGCAACACUUCAUAAGCAAUUUAUGGUUAAUUCCAUCUUUGGGAGGGUUUGUUCCUCAUUGACAAUUGUGCCUCUUUAUCUCAUACAACGCAAAGAUAAGAAAAUAAAGCAGUAAGUAAAUGUCAUGUGAAUAAGGAAUCUACAUCAUUCAUUCAUUCAUUCAUUAAAUUAAUCAGUAAUUUUUCAUGUUUUAAUUGCGUUUAAUUAAUCUACUAAAUGAUUUACCUACAUAGAAAUUUCUCUAACUUGGAAAACAAAAUAAGGGCUUCCAGAUUUGUAGAUUCAAUUGAAACAUUACUGGAGGUUUGUGCAGCGAACCCCCAUAAGGAGGCAUGGACAGCUGCCAAAGGAGACACUAGUUCCAGGCUGGUGCUUUGCGAGAGUCUUGACAGGAGGAGGAAGUGGAACGUAGAAGCGCUUCUACCUAUCACUUACUGCAGUAGAUGGUGUUGAGUUGUAAGGCCUGGUGGUUGUCAUGCUGGGGGCAAGAUGAGGCUAGUGUCAAGGUCUGGCAUGUUCAGGCAGCUGCCAGGCUUCAGAUCUAUGCUGAAAAAGGCCCAAAGUUUAUCCCUGACCUUGCCACUCUGUGGCCACUCUUCUUGCUCGCUACACAGAAGGAGAGGAUAGAAGCUGCUCCUUGUCACUUUCUCUUGUUGCUUGAUUGCUUGCCUAAAUGGUGAUGGUAGGAAAGAGGAGGAGGAGCUACUGCUGUUGCUUGCUUUCUCUCCUCAAGGCAGCCGUACGGAGGGCCAGUCCGCACAUUCUUGCUUCCAUCGCUCCUCACUCACUCACACACCCAAAGUGUGCAAGUAGUGAUGACAACAGGGAGCAGCUCCUUGGUCACUGUUGGUGACGAAUGGGCCAGUGGACCCAAUCCCACUUCUGCCCAGAGGGGGAGAGGGCAGGUGGGUGAACAAACAGAGACUGCUGCUCCUCACUAUGGCCUACAUGUUCACUUACCCAUUGGCUCUCUAGACAAUCAAGCAGGAUGUCAAGAGAUGAGAUACUCACUCAAGCGUAAGGAGAAGCUCAUCAAAGGCAACUUUUGCAGCACCCCAAAACCUAAACCCAGCUCUGGAAGUAGGUUUGAAGGCAACAUGUGGAGAUGCAGAAGCAGCCUUCCCUACUUGUUCGGAUCAGUGACCAAACAAUUUUAGGGUUUGCGAGGAUUUAAGGUACCCUAUAAGCCCACACGGUCCUUCUGCCUUCCUUCAUUUAAUCUGCCUCCCCAGAAGGUGUGGAGAUGCACAUUCAGUGCAUCCUUCCUAUCUCUGCAAGCUACAAGGUGCUGUGGGCUGAGGUUGUAGAGUGGGAUGAUAAAAGGGUCAAGCUCACGUACCAUUGCUGCUCCAUAUACUUUUUGAAAGAUGUCUCUUUUACUACCACUUCAGAUUUAUGUAUUUUUGUGUUUUCAUACAAUAAACCCACAACUUAUGUGGGGGUUAUGUUCUGGGGAUCGCGCCUAAAGCCAAAAUUGUGUCUAGUCCAAACCCAUUGGGUUCAAUGGUGGGUGAGAUUGCCAAAGUCAUUCCCCCCAGAACUCCUUUUCCAUCCCUUUUUUGCCACGUGUGUAAAGCUGAAUGUGCACAAGUUAAAUACACUUAAGAUGUGGGCUUAAUAUACUGUAAACAGCCCUGUGAUUCUCAGAUGAAGAGUGGUAUAGCAAUUUAAUAAAUAAAGUGAAAUAAAUUAAUUUAUCUUUUCUCCAGUAGCAACUAAGAAGAUGGAGGAGUUUCCCCCCAAAAAAUGAGGAGUCAGUGAGAAGUUAUAUAAAUGAUUAAGGUCUUGGUCUUGUCAUAUAACAGCUGUUGCCAGCCUCUGGAGAGGAUUUUUGCAUGUGAAACACAGUGUACAGUUUUACACAUUUAACAUGCUGGUUUCAAAGUAUGAAUAAUACAUUCUCAUAAUGAAAGAAAUGUGAGAAUCCAUUUUCAGCAUACGUACCUCUGGAGAUGAAUGUACAAAGCAGUUUUGUGGCACACCAAGCCCUUUUUGAUUAUAUUUCAGAUGAAGUGAAAAGAUCUUUUGUUUAGCUGUACUUUGUGAAAUGCCGUGUAAUCGGCUUUGCCUGUUUAAGCAAUAAAAGGCUGUUUUCCCCUAUAAACAGCUGCAGUUGUAACUCGUCCAGUGUAGAAUUUUUAGCAUAAUGAUAUAAAAUCCAGUCAUAAUGGUUCUGAAGUGAUAAACAAGAAAUGAGUUAAGACAAGCACAGGCACAUGCAAGUAAGUUAUCUUAAUCCUCAGAGCACAAAUAAACUCCCUCAUUUUGGCAAACAAUGCAUUUUUAAAGAACUAAAUUGCAAAUAAAAUACCAGAAGAUUAAUGGUGCAAUGCUACACACAUUUACUCUGUCCAGUGUGGCUUGCUUCUAGUUAAGCAUGCAGAGGACUGUGGCUUAAGGCACACUUUCCUAGUGAUCAACCCCAUUUAACCAAGUGGAAAUUCUGGGGUAACAUGCUUAGAAUUGCACUGCAUAUUGUCAAGCAAAGUAAGAGAUUUUUUUCCCAAUUAAAUAAUUUAAAGGAAGCUGAAAUUUUAAUGUUUCUGCUACCUGGGAGUUUAGCUUGUAGAAGAAAACAGCAGUGCAAUCAUAUACAUGUGUACUCAGAAGUAAGCCUUGCUGUUUUAUUAAUGUCAUCCGGCGGGCAAAACUCCCAUUGAGUUCAGUAAGUGAGUAUUAAAUUGCAAGUGUAGAGUUCAGCCUAAAACAUCUAAUGGGACCAGUCUGAAGAGUCAUUGCAUUGAAAAAUCAAGGUUUCUCCCUUUUACUCAGGAGUCAGAGGCUGUUCUGCGCACACAUCUGAACUGAGCACAGUUCCCUUUUAGAUAGAAUGUAUGUGAACUACCCUUAAAAAGAAAAUGCUAUGCCGAUGUAUUCCAAAUUUUGUUGAUUUUGUAGCUCAUCUUGUAAUGGACUGUGAUGGAUGGAGUCAGAGGGAAAAGAAGGCGGAGCAACGGAGACAACAUCAAGUGGCCAUGGUUUUAACCCAUCAAAUGCCAAUUAUUAGCUGUAGGUCUUCAUUUCAAUUUUCAGCUAAGCUGUGGACUCACUGCUUAGGCUUGAGUGUCCCAACCCAGCAUUUGCUGAACUAAAGAGGAAGAGGCAGUUAAUCAGCCCUGAAUCUGCAUAUUAUCCACCUGCAUGCACCUCUCCUAUUGGCUUCGCCUCAGCUUGACUCAUUUUUUUUUUCAGACAGAACCCAAAAAUUAAACACUUCUGGCAUUUAUAGGGGAGAAUUUGUGAGUGUGGAAAGGGUAUCCAUGCUCCAUUUCCCCCGGAUGUUCAAGUGCCUCCUGUAGGGUAUGGAAGCCUGUGUUUCCCUCUUAAUGUCUAAGCUCUAAAUUCUUUUUCAUGAAAACACAGCAUAAUAAACUUGCUUGCCUUUCAGAUGCCACAAGAUUCUUUGUUAUUUUAGGAUCUAAUACCUCUUAAGCUUCACCCCGCCAUCUGCAUAGUAAGAAUAAUAGUGCUGGCUUGCUUUAAAAGUUUGCUUAGAGAGGACUGUUUGCAAUAUUUUGAGCUUUAAAGAAAAAAAGCACAUUGUUUAAAUAUUAAAUCAUGUUAUAUGACCAUUAUAAUAAGUCAUCAUGGGAUACCAAGCAGUAGGAGUCAGCACCCUUACAACUUCAUUGUUCCACAGGACAAGUGGGGCAGGUCUAUGCUACCUUGCUAUGGCAGCAGCAAUCCAGCUGAAAGCUUUUAUUGGUUUAUCCUAGGUUGUGGUACAAAGUGCCUUUAGGAAGUGGUACAGAUGAGUUACCCACAUUCUCCUUUUCUGUACAGUUCCGCACUGUGCAAGAACUUUGUGCACAAUGGUUUUAGUGAAGAUGGCUCUUGCCAGUGUUGCUAUGCUUCUGUACGCUGUUACGGUACUCUCAAUCAACUUGGACACCAGUGCAACAGUUAUUGCAUCUAACUGUGUGCACUGAUUUGUAACUGGGCUCCUAAGCCUAAUUACAAAUAUACAUCUUUUGUAGAAUACAUUUCCUUAACAUAUUGUGAGCUUAGUAGGAUUUAAUUGCUUUGCAAAAGUUAUAGUGUAACGGGAAGAGGGAGUUUGUAAAAUUUUAGUAGUGCUGCUAUUAAUACUAAAAGUGAAUGCACUUGAAAUCUUACCUCAUUGAAUAUCAUAACUUCUAAAAAUGUCAUUGGCACUUGUGUUAAUCUUUUUGUAUUAUAUUGCUGUGUCAACCAACCUGGUGCUGUGUUGGCCUUGGCUGAAAGGCAAAACAAGUGUUUAUUGUCCUCUUUCCCACUUUUGGUUUCUUACAGACCCCAAGGACUUACUGUGCUGCUAAUACAGAGGAUUUGGAAACCGUUGUUCAUUAUGUACACAACUUGUACUCCUCAGCUCCGUUGAUGGCAGCAGGUGUUUCUAUGGGAGGGUAAGUAUUUAUGCAACAUAAAUCCCAGUAGUGUAACUCUGUGGUCAUUAGAAACCAAUUUGCAAAGGCCCUCAAUAAAGAUUCUGCAUACACAGCACAGACUCCAUGGGAAAUGUACUACGUCUAAUUUUCCAUCAUGUUUCUACUUCUUCUUGAAAGAAAGUUUUACAGGGGAAGAGUGAUUUUUCUCACUGAACCUUCCACAUGAUAUGCUUUUGUUUACCAUAAUCACUUACAAGUUUAUUUGCUGGAACUGAUGGUAACUCUCAGAAAACAAGUGACAAUAAUUGGCAUACAUGACUAGUGGGAGCUAUGUUUGAACAUUUAAGCAGCAUUUUAUUUAUAAACCUCAGACCUGAAUUAAAGGCAUCUGCAGGAUAGUAAUCAGUAUUUUAUUAUUAUAUACAUCUUGUGUGAUUGUAGGAUAUGAUUAAUAUAAUUAAUGUAACCAGUCUUCAGAAUUGUGGGAUGCGACCUACGUCUUUUGAUACCAUUUAUUGUUUUGGGCCAGUCACAUUCCUUCUUGUUUGGGUUUGAUUAUGGCAGUUGGCUUACAAGUCAUUAUCAUAGGCUUGUAGUACCAUGAGGGAGAGAUGCUUUGCUGCUUACCUGAGGCAGUCAGCUCUGUGUAACUGUUUAUAUUCCUUAGGGAUUUGGUUAUUGUUAGUAGGAGACUUCUAAGACAUAAACACAUAAUCAAAAACCUUGUACACUAGUCUGUUUGUUUAUUAAAGAAUUUGUAUAAAAUUGUAUAAAAGAUUUGUAUAAAAGGGAGGCAGCAAAUAAAUGUUUUCUUCCCCUACAUUUUUAUCUGUUUUAUUGUGCAUAUGAACCAUCAGCUGUAAACUGGAACACAUUUAUCCUUACCCAGACUUUGUCGUUCUUCAAAAGAGCGGCACCAGGCCAGCUAACACUAAAAACUUUUACAAGACCUUUUCAGACAUCAUAGGGAAGCAAAAAUGUUUGCCACAUACAGUCUAUAUUGUAUACACAACCUUACACAUAAAAUGGCCCCAGAGGAAUGACAAAAAUUGCUGCUGCUGAUACUAAUAUGUUAGUCUCGCAGAAGCAACAAAAAAACAAACCCUGAUUGGCUGUGAUCUAUCUUUUGCCUGUAGAAUGGGCUGUCCUUCCCGUUCCUUUACACUGUAACCCCAGUGCCUUUGAAAAAUUGAUCCUGAGGUGGUGGAGAUAUUGGGGAUAGUGUGGAGUAUAGUGUUAAGUUGUGGGUGAACAUAUCAGAUGACACAGCGAUUCUUCAAACAGCUCUUCUUUAUUCAGAGGCCAGAACAGAACUGAGCUGAAGGAAUCAGUCAGCCUGCUUAUAUAGAGCUCCAGUACACAUAAUUGUAACAAUUUUCUAAAACUAUCCAAUCACUGAACGUCACAUUCGAUCCUUCAUUUGCAUAACUAUCUACAGUAUCCCCCUGCUGGCCCAGGGUAAGAACUUCAGUACAUAACAUACAGUGUGGCAAACUAUGGGAGGAGCAGGAAGUAGGCAGAAAUUGCAUCUCCAUUUGCAUGAGUUUUUUUCCAUAGGUCCCUACUUGUGGGAAUAAUAUUGUUGACUACCAAGCAGAGUUUGGGCAAGAAAUACUGCAAUAAUAUAUCCAAAGCACUCAGGGAAAAACACACAUACGCUAAUACCCACGACAGCUUUCUUCAGAUUGAGUCAGAUAUCAAUCCAGUGAGUUCAGGUAAACUUUUCAUUUAGUUGGUUGAAAGUUUCAAGGUUAUUAUCCUUAUCAUAAUCCAUGAUGGAAGCAUAUUAAAAUGUUUGGCCCCACAAUGCCAUGCACAUGAUGGCUAGUAUUGCCUUGACUAGUUUCAGCGCUUCAUCUCCUACUACAAAUGUUUAGGACUGAGGUAUUUUCAUUUGUGAUUUCUUCUUUUUACCUAUUUGUUUAUCUCUUGUUUGUAGCAUGCUCCUUUUAAAUUAUUUGGGCAAAACUGGCAGAGAAACACCACUGAAGGCAGCUGCAAUUUUUUCAGCAGGAUGGAAUGUUUUUGAAUCUGCAGACUCACUGGAAAAGCCAGUGAACUGGCUUCUCUUUAAUUACUACUUAACCAGCUGUCUACAAUCUUCAAUUAUUAGGUGAGUCAACCUCACAUCCAUUGUGAAAGACCAUAAUAUAUUAGUAUGAAAUUCAGGUUCAUUGCCAGUCAUGUCAAAUAUGUUAUGGUGUGUUGAAGGAAGCAGUACCCAAGCGAAAGCUGUCAUCUCCGGCUAUUUUUGCUCAUGUGGUUACUCUCGGAUCUCUAUUUAUUUUACAGACAUCGGGAAAUGUUUGAUAAGCUGUUCAAUAUGAACCUUGUCAUGAAGGUAUGAGGGUUAGCUAUUUGUAUUUCACUUCAUGUUUUUAUUUUUACUAACACUUACAUAAAUCCUUUACUUGAAUUCUGUACUUCAGGCUAAGACCAUUAGGGAAUUUGAUAAGCAGUUCACCUCAGUCAUGUUUGGCUACCCUACAAUUGAGGAUUACUAUGCAGAUGCUAGUCCAUGCCGUAGACUGAAGAGAAUUGGAAUUCCAGUGUUGUGCUUAAAUGCUAUGGAUGAUGUCUUCUCACCAAAUCAUGGUAGGUUUUUCCCCCUUUUAAGAAGAUGCUGUUGGUUGACCUCAGCGAUUGAGUUGUGUCUGAAAUAGAAUGAGAAGUUAGUACAGAACUGGGUGUGCAGUGUUAUUUUCUUAUGGUGUUCCACUCAACGCACACGUUGCCAAAUAUUGCACCAAUAAAGGUAUAUAAUAAUAAUUAUUAUGGGCUGCUUACAGAAUAUCUAAAACCAUAAUAAAAACAUCAAGCCUUAAAAACCUCCCGAUACAGGGCUGCCUUCAGGUGUCUUCUAAAAGUUGUAUAAUUCUUUAUCUCCUUGACAUCUGAAGGGAGGGCGUCACUAGCGAAAAGGUCCUCUGACUUCAUAGUCAGAAAAAGAAGCCUUACGUAAAGCAUGUGUCAUAAUUCUUGAUUUUUUUUGUUACUGUGUAACAUCUCUGGGUGGCUCUAUUUUUAAUUAUGUAAAAUGAAAAUAUAACCUUUAGCAACCCAGAACCCCAGACUUUUGUACGUCAUAGCUCAGUUAAAACCUAUAUUGCCAAAACUGGUCUUCAUAAAAUUGAUCUUUUAAAGUUGCAUUCUGCUGACAGCAGAACUGCACUUCACCAAAAACAUUCAUUGUGUUAUAGACUGAAUGAUAGUUAUGAGAGAGAAAUGUUGGGAUGGGAGCUUAUACUUUGUUCCCUUUAUUUCUUUAGCCAUACCAGUAGAAAUUGCAAAACAAAAUCCUAAUGUGGCUUUGAUUCUUACUUCUUGUGGAGGCCAUAUUGGUUUUCUGGAAGGACUGUGGCCAAGAAGAUGCACAUACAUGGACAGAGUCUUCAGACAAUUUGUUCAAGCUAUGUUUGAGCACGGAAGCAAAAUCCUUAACAUAUAG